UAUUAUAUAAAUAUACGUACCUAUUUAGCGCGUCUGCUCAGAAGUCGCGUAUUCGUCAUACCCGCCGUAGCUUCAUUUUUGACAUUGUUUAGCAUAUUAGGUAUUUAUAUUAUAAUCUUAAUCCAUUCAUAAAAUCGAGAUGUCGUAGACGCGUCCGCAGCACCGCUCAUCAAGGGCUCUAAAAAUAUCGUCGUUGGCAUAAUAUAAAUACGACCUAGUAAUCGUGCAGCCUUCGACGUCAGUACUUGGGUGAUCGAUUCGUCUAGCUACAGCGACCGCGACCAAUUGACUAUGACGUCUACCAAAUGUUUUCUGGGCUGCACCAACGUCCGGUACGGUGCUCGAAUAAUUUCCAUACUGGACUUUUGGAUUUGUGUGAUACUUCUGAUAAAAUGCCUUAUGUUAUUAAAUCCAUUCUACGAUGAUUUUUAUCGUUACAACACACGCACAGAACAAGUAAUAAACGAUUUUAUCAUAUUCAGUUAUUUAUUUCUAAUAACUGUGUUCGUUAACGUGAAUUAUUAUUUGAAGGAAUCAACAUAUGACCACAAAGUUCAUAAAAUCUAUCAGUGGUUAGCGAUCAACACGAUAUUCCUUGUGUUUCACUUACUGGCCAUUACUUACAUCACUAUCAAAACUUACUAUCCAAUAAUACUUUAUUAUUCAAUACCUAUAUGCAUCAUCCACCUCUGCCAGAUAUACGUGGUAAAAAGUUUUUACGACGACGAACUCCUCAUAAUUUCUCGAUCGUUACCCACGGCGUCAUCAGAGUCAUCGGCUGUCGCGCGCCAAAACAACGUGGCGGUCGUAAAUCAAAACUCGUCCAACGGUUCCGUUAACGUUACGCUCAGCGCGUCGCCCGCGCCAAAUUCUAUUUAUCAAGCCCAAAACGUACCACCACCACAAGAACAACAGGAAGCUGGAUGGCCACACCGCAACGGUGUAGCGCUUCCGGUCCAGGUUGCGCCUCCUAUCUACCCUCAACUGCAUCACAGUCAAAAUGGCACCGAACCGCACUUUCAAAAUCCAAUGUCAAUGCAGGCUGGACCCUCUUCUGUAGAGGUGCAAUACCCUCAAGAAUAUUAUAACCCUCCACCGUAUUUACCGCAUUACAAUCAACACUCAGGAAUACAUUCCGUGAGAAAAAUUUAGGUGGUCCAAAACCCAAAGGUAUAAUAUAAUAUUUAUGAAUGGCAUAUGUUUAACGUAUUUAAUGAUACCUACAACCUUUCCGUUACUUUUCACAUAUUAUAUACUAAUAGAGAUCAUGUAAUAUCAUAUAAAUAUGUGUUCAUAUGAAAAUACAAAUCAUUUUGAGACUGUUCCGUUUA